GUAAAGAACAUUUUUUUUAUCUAGUGUCAAUUAGAGGAAAUUUGCAAACGCUUACAUUUUACUAAGUUUUUCGUUUGUUACUGUUUUGUGUUAGUUGGUUUUAAUAUUAACUUUGACAAAAUUAAUCUAGCUUUUAAGAACAAAUCAAUACAAAGCAAAAAAAAGUUGAAGAAUGGGUCCUCGGAGAAACAUGAAAAUGUUCAAAGCAGCUUGCCUUUAUUUUAUAUUCCUUGGACUUCUGGCCAUGUUUUUUCUUAUAUCUAAAAUGCCAGAAACUCUAACUCUAAUAUGUUUUCUUACGUGUUGUGCAGGACUUUUACUUGAAGUGAUCUAUGGCUUUUAUCUAAUCUGGUGUUCUCUGGUUCAGAAAGCAAACCAUCGAUUACACGAAAGAGCACCCCUACUGGUGAUGAGUACGGAUUUAGAAGCUCAAUAUAACCAUGGAAAUUCUUUCAGAAGUACCUCUCAGACUCUCAGGCGAAGUUCUCCAGUAAACAUUCCAAGCCAAACGCGUGUUCAACAUAACGAAAGUUUCAUACCAUGGUUGCCCUCGAGACCCUGCUUGGCUUCACUGCCAUGGAUGGAUUCAAGUUUAACGUCAAAGUAUUUAGAUGAUAGGCAGAAAAAUGUCUCGCAUGAAAGGCGGUACACCUUGUCUGAAAAUGUACCUAUAAAUGACUUGGAUGAAACGCUGCGAAUAUUAAGGAAUCACACCUUAUCUGAAAGUGCUGCUUAUGACUUAGAAGAGGUGUGAUUUCUGUUGUUCAUAUAUCAGGGACUAAUAUAGGGGUGACAGGACAUAUAUACAAUAAAGGACAUCCAUACAGGGUCAUUAUAAUAUUGGAGAGUGACCUUAAAUGUUCAAAUUCGGGAAGGGAGGUAGAGAAGAUCAAAAUGAUGACUAACUAUAUCAACACGUGACCGGGAAUGUCACCAUGAGCCAUUUGGUGAGCUGCACUACUGUGAACUGUUUUUAUUUAAAAUUGAUUCAAAUAAAUUUAGUAUUUGCUGUUUUAUUUACUUUACUACUUAACUUAACUUGACAAUGAGGAAACUUAACUUGACAAUGUAGCUAAAUCAAUGCAAUUACGCAGCUAUUUUUGUGCUUAUUUGGAUACAAUUUUGAUAAGAAUUAUUUGAAAACAUAAAAUUAACAUAAUACAGAUAAAUAAAUACACCAAUUCAAUGGUACGCGAAAAAACGGCUCAAAAUAUUAAAGUGCUCAUAGCGGCAUACGAUGGUAUUUCCGAUUGUGGGGUGUAAUACAAAUGGAUGGCCUUUUUAUGGUUCUCUACCUCCCCUCAAAAUUAGUACCAGUAUAUAUAUUGGACACCCUGAAGUUUCUCCAAGUACGGUUAGGUAGAAGAAUCGAAAUGAACCAAAAUAUUUUUUUUUAAUUCUUGAAAAAACGAUGAUUUAUCAUGAUCUGAAAAUAAGCCAAAAGAAUGAAAUAUUUGAUGAAAAGGAAACUGGGUCUAAAGUAAGCAUAAUCAUUGAUGAAACAUUGUAAAAAAUGUUUUAAAAACACUGAAUCGAGAAUGUAAGGUUUUAAUAUAAUUAGGCAAGGUACUGUUUAAACUACAAAUAAUUUGAAAAUUUGCUUUUAUUUUCUCUAGAUGAAGUUUAGAUUAAUUUACCAAGGAAUUGCAAUGAUGCUCAAUUUUCUGCAAGUUUCAUAAAUUUUGCUGAACGAUAAUCAUUUAAAAUUUUUAUUAUUAUUGAUUAUUUCACUAAACAAAUGCAAUGAUGCUAAAUUUCCUAGUAAGUUUAUUCAUUAUGUCAGCAAAGCAAAUGCAAUAAUGCUUCUUUUGUAUUUUAUUAACUGUGAUACAAUUGUUUUUUAAUUUAAAUGCAAUAAUGUUUCAUUUAGUAUAUUUUUACGUUUCUUGUUAAGUAUAUAUCUUUAAACUAUUAUUUACUCGAAAAAUACAAUGAGACAUUUUUCAUCAAUGUUGCUCACUGAUACUAAUUUAUAAUUUGUAUCAUUAUAGAGUACUUCACAAAUGCAAUAAUGUUAAAUUUCUAUGUAAUUUUAUUCAUAAUGUCAGCUAGUAAUUACAACACUGCUCCAAAUCAUUUGUAUUUUACUUACUAGUAUAUAAUUGUGCUUUUUUAGUGCAAUAUUGUUUCAUUUAAUGUAUUUUUACGUGUUUCCUGUUAAAACUAUUUCCAUAAAUUAUUUAUCCUAUUUAUUUGAAAUCUUUAACAAUUUUUUACGAAUUAUAAAAAAUAUAUACUUAAGAUUUUUUUUAUCUAAUCUAAUCCUGAUUUUUAUUUAUUUAAAAUUAAGUGUAAUCAGAGACUUGAUUGAAGGAAAAUGUUAA